AUGUCGGGUCGAUACUCUUUGCGCCAGACUCCUAGGAAGAAGGAGCUCUUUGAGGGCAUGGUUGAGACCCCUCGCAGGGUGUCUUCCAGACGCAAGUCCCCCGAGGCCACCACCGAGUCGAAGCCCCAGUCCCGCGCCGCCCCGAGACGUCGCACCACUGGCAAGUUCCGGGAAGAGAUCUCGGACGAAGAGGUCGAGAAGCCCCUGACGAACGGAUACGCCAGCGGUCACACCAAUGGUCAUGCCAACGGUCAUGCCAACGGUCACGUAAAGAAGGAGGAGCAUGCCGUAAACAGCAACGGCCACGCCAUCAAUGGACACCUCGAAGUGAAGACGGAGAAGACUGCGGCAGGCAACGGCCAUAUCCCUUCAGAGACGAACGAGGUCCUGCCCGCCUACCAGAAGGGCGAUAUUAUUGACGGUUGGGAGGUCGGCACGGAUCCCAAGAUCGACGCCUCGGGCCACUUCGAGUUCGGCGGUAGCAUCGGGGCGCUUUCGCUGAUGAUCGGUUUCCCUCUGCUCAUGUGGUACAUGUGGAUUGGAGCCACCUACUACGAAGGCAAGCUGCCCACGCGCGAGGAGGGCCAGAGCUGGGGCGAAUUCGGCCGGCACCUCGUGGACCUCGUCUACACCGGCGCGUUCCCUACGCUCCGCGCCUGGCGCAUCUACUGGACCUUCUUCAUCUUCGAAGGCAUCUGCUACUGCGUCCUGCCUGGCGUCUGGGCCUGGGGCAAACCCCUUCCCCACGAGAACGGCAAGCAGCUCAAGUACUUCUGCAACGCCUACGUCAGCUUCUACUUCACCAUCUCCGUCAUGGCUGUCCUCCACUUCACCGGCAUCUUCCCCGUCUACACCUUCAUUGACGAGUUUGGUCCCCUGAUGUCCGUGGCUAUUCUGAGCGGCUUCCUCGUGUCCUUCAUCGCCUAUUUCUCUGCUCUGUGGAGGGGCGCCCAGCAUCGCAUGUCCGGCUACCCGAUCUACGACUUCUUCCUUGGCGCUGAGCUGAACCCCCGCAUGUUCGGCAUCCUGGACUUCAAGAUGUUCUUCGAGGUCCGCAUCCCCUGGUUCAUCCUCUUUGGCCUUAGCUGCGGUGCCGCCGCCCGUCAGUAUGAGAAGUACGGCUACGUUUCGGGCGAGGUGCUCUUCCUGGUCAUGGCUCACUACCUGUACGCCAACGCCUGCGCCAAGGGCGAGCAGCUCAUUGUUCCCACCUGGGACAUGUACUACGAGAAGUGGGGCUUCAUGCUCAUCUUCUGGAACCUCGCUGGCGUCCCCCUCUCGUACUGCCACUGCACAAUCUAUCUUGCCAACCACCACCCUUCAGAGUACAAGUGGAACCCCUUUGCGCUCGCCUUCCUCUUCGCGUCGUACCUCUUCGUCUACUGGGUCUGGGACACGACCAACAGCCAGAAGAACGGCUUCCGCGCGCAGGAACGCGGCCAGCUCAUAAAGCGCCGCACCUUCCCCCAGCUGCCCUGGCAGACGGUCAAGAACCCAAAGACAAUCACCUCGGCCAAGGGCGACGUCAUUCUCGCCGACGGCUGGUACGGCUACGCCCGCAAGAUCCACUACACCUGCGAUGCCUUCUUCGCUAUCUGCUGGGGCCUCAUCACGGGCUUCAAGAGCCCCUUCCCCUGGUUCUACCCCGUCUUCUUCUGUGCUAUGAUCGCCCACCGUGCCGCCCGCGACAUCCACCGUUGCCGUCAAAAGUACGGUGAUGCCUGGGCCCAGUACGAGCGCGAGGUGCCCUACCUCUUCAUUCCCUACGUCAUCUAA